ACCUGAUCAGCUGACUGAAAUCUGUGGCUUGUCUACAGUCUACGUCUAGAUUUCGGUCUGUACGGUUGUGACUGUGUACGUGGAUAAUGCACCACUUCUAAACAGACUUUUCGAGGAUUCAUUAGCAAUGGCAGGACCUUUAGUAGAACCAGGGACAUCAUUUUCACCAUGGGUUGGUUUGAUAUUCGUCUUCAACCUCAUCGUGGGCACAGGGGCGCUGACUAUGCCCAAGGCGUUCGGGAAAGCUGGCUGGAUACUCAGCUCAGUCAUCAUCAUCGUACUAGCCCUUGUCAGCUACAUCACCGCUACAUUUGUGAUCGAGGCCAUGGCCGCAGCUAACGGGAUCAUCAAGUACCGCAGGAAGGAUAAGAAACGAGAGGACUAUAUCCCUCGUUUAUCUAAGGAUGGGUCGAUAGAAGUGCGAUCAUCAUCAUCAUCACCUCCUUCAUCAACAACGACAUCACUCCGAAAAUCAGACUCAAAAUCGCCUCCGGGGGCUAGUUCAGAGCUUCCAGCUAUUACAACAAAGCUUGAUGAGACGAGUUCAACAAGCUCUUCUAGCAGCAGCGAUCCAUACAUACCUGACACAGAGAACGAUGAGAAGGAAAAAUUACUCAGUGGAAACACAAUCAAUUACUCAUCAGUGAGAGCAGCGAAGAAGCAUGCCGAUUAUUUUGAGAUCACAGAACUGGUGGAUAUGGGGCAGAUGGCUUCAAUGUUCUUCAAUAAAAUUGGUCAAAUCCUGUUCUACAUAUGUCUCAUAGUGUACCUGUACGGAGACCUGGCCAUCUAUGCCGUAGCCGUUCCCAAGUCGCUCAGAGACAUCACAUGCACGUAUGACAGUGAUGCCCACAAUCUUAGUGACAAUGAGCGGUGUUGGCCUGGUGCUGAUAUAUCCAGAAUGAAUGCAUACAGAAUAUAUCUGUCGAUAUUUGCACUUGCCCUUGGAGUAUUUGUCUAUUUCAACGUCCAGAAAACCAAGUAUCUUCAGAUCUUCACUACCAUCAUGAGAUGGUUAGCCUUCCUCACAAUGAUCAUCUCCUCUGUGGUCUACAUCAGCCAAGGAAAGAGCUCGAUCAAACCGGCCGCUACGGGACCCUUCGAGAGCAUCCCCAACUUCUUUGGGGUCUGCGUGUACGCCUUCAUGUGCCACCACUCCUUACCCUCCCUCAUCACGCCCGUCAACCCCAAGAAGCGCAUCACCGCUUUCCUGUUCGGAGACUACAUCCUCAUCCUCCUCUUCUACCUCUUCCUCUCCGUCACGGCCAUCUUCACGUUCGAGAGCGACAAGAUCCAAGACAUCUACACGCUCAACUUCUUCAAGAGCGCCGUCCUGCCCGUCAUCCCGCUCCAGUACUUUGUCGCGCUGUUCCCCGUCUUCACGCUCAGCACCAACUUCCCCAUCAUCGGCAUCACGCUACGCAACAACCUGAUGGCGCUCUUCCUGCACGAGAACAAGCUCUACCAUUGGACGAUCAGGCGGCUCUUGUUCCCGACCCUGGUGCUGGUGCCGCCCAUAGUCGUUGCGUUUGUCACGACGAACGUCACGAUGCUGGUCGGGAUCACGGGGUCGUACGCCGGGGCCACGAUCCAGUACCUCAUACCCGUCUUCCUGGUGUACUGUGGCAGGAAAAAGACUGAGAGGAUGAUGGGCAAACGGUGGAUCCUUCACCAGCACAUGUCUCCAUUUAGGCACAGAAUCUGGCUUGUUCUGAUCAUAAUAUGGGCCAUCUUUUGCCUGGCGUUCGUAACUGUAGAUCAUGUUUUAGAAGGCAUACAUAGUUAGUACAUAGCUUCAUAGGUAUAGUUCUUAGGUAUCGUUUGAAUAAAGAUCUGUACUUUUUAUAAAUACAGUAUCUCUGUCAGCAGUGCUAACAGUAGUUAAUGUGAAUUGUUCCUUUCUUUUCCAAUCGAUCAAGGUUACUACAUGUAUUAAAGGAUUGUGUGAUCAUGAGUAGCGUGAAUAGAACGAUUUGAUAAUUUUUGAAGUUCAUCUCAUGUUACUUGAAAUUUGUGUGAUAUCGUCAUUGCCUUACAGUGUAUAUAUAUUUGUAUGUUUUAAUCAGGGUAAACUACAAUUGUAA